AUGGGGUUUAUUCUAAGAGCAUCAACAACUACCAUUAUUGUAACUUGGUUAGCUCUGUUCGAUGGAUUAUUGUUUGUAGUUGUCAAUGGUGAUUUCAACUACAAAGAGGCUCUCACUAAAUCCAUUAUAUUCUUGGAGGCACAGAGGUCAGGGAAGCUUCCUCAAAAAUCUAGGCUUCCUUGGAGAGGAGACUCUGCCCUUGAAGAUGGCAGCGAACCUAAUGUGGACCUGGUUGGGGGAUAUUAUGAUGCAGGAGACAAUGUGAAGUAUGGUCUUCCAAUGGCAUUCACAAUUACAACACUCUCAUGGGCUGCUUCGUUUUAUCAUCACGAGUUACAAGAAACAGGGGAAUUGCAGAAUGUUAUGGAUGCCAUCAAGUGGGGAACUGAUUAUUUCCUUAAAGCUUGUGUCAAACGUAACCAUUUAUGGGUUCAGGUUGGAGAUCCAGUAUUAGAUCACCAGUGUUGGAUGAGGCCGGAAAACAUGAAUACGCCGAGAACUGUGCUGGAGAUUGAUGAGGAAUCGCCUGGAUCGGAGAUCGCUGCUGAAACUUCCGCAGCAUUAGCUGCUUCUUCCAUUGCCUUCAAGCGUUUUGAUCAUAUCUAUGCUCAUCGUCUCCUCAACAAAGCCAAACUGCUCUUCGAGUUUGCCAAGACACAUCAUGGAACUUUCGAUGGAGAAUGCCCAUUCUAUUGCUCUUAUUCAGGCUAUAACGAUGAGCUAUUGUGGGCAGCAACAUGGCUAUACAUUGCGACUAGGAAGCCUAUGUAUUUAGAGUACAUACAGGAGGAGUCCAUCAGUGCAAGUGUUUCUGAGUUUAGCUGGGAUCUCAAAUAUCCUGGAGCCCAAGUCCUCCUCUCCAAACUCUACUUUGAAGGGGAAAAAUCUCUAGAGGAUUUCAAGACACAGGCAGACAGUUUUAUAUGUUCUGUGCUUCCAGAAAGUCCCUACCAUCAAGCCUACAUUACACCAGGUGGGUUGAUUCACAUGAGAGAUGGAGCCAAUACACAAUAUGUCACAGGUGCUGCUUUGUUGUUCAGCAUCUAUGGAGAUAUAUUGGCAAAACAUAACCAGAAGGUGAAUUGUGGGAAUCAAGAAUUCGACUCCACCCAUCUCCUAGCCUUCGCCAAAGCACAGAUGGAUUAUCUGUUAGGGAAGAACCCAAAGGGAAGAUCAUACAUAGUUGGAUUCGGAAAAAACCCACCAACCAGAGCACACCACAGAGGUUCUUCUGUGCCGGUGCUUUCGCCCAAUGCCGUCAUAAGCUGCCCCUUGAGUUUCGUCUUCUACUUCUCUAAAGACGCCCCUAACCCUAACGAACUCACCGGAGCAAUUGUUGGUGGACCAGACCGCGACGACAAUUUCGUGGAUCAACGCUGGGCUUCCGCCAUGCUCGAGCCUGCAACUUACAUCAACUCUCUCGCCAUUGGUGCCCUCGCCAAGCUCUCUGGACCUUUGGCCCACAAAGCUUAG